GGGGGGGGGGGGGAGGCCGAGGCUCUCCUGUCUCUAAGAGGAUAAAGAAAGAAAAGGGAAAGCUAUUUGUGGACGGACUACUGCGGUGCCAGCAUGAGCGGGCCGGAUGAGAGCUCGGUGCGGGUCGCCCUGAGGAUCCGUCCUCAGCUGGCCAAAGAGAAGAUCGAGGGAUGUCACAUCUGCACGUACGUGAUGCCCGGGGAGCCACAGGUGGUGCUGGGUAAGGACAAGUCCUUCACCUACGACUUCGUCUUCGACAUGGACACGGAUCAGGAGCCCAUCUACACCCACUGCACGGAGAAGCUGAUCGACGGCUGCUUCGAGGGCUACAACGCCACCAUCUUCGCCUACGGACAGACGGGGUCAGGGAAGACGUACACCAUGGGAACCGGCUUCGACGUGAACCUGGGCGAGGACGAGCUGGGCAUCAUCCCCCGGGCCGUCCACCACCUGUUCCGGGGGAUCGAGGAGCGCCAGCAGGCCGCCAGCGAGCAAGGCAGGCCCGUGCCCGAGUUCAAGAUCAACGCGCAGUUCCUGGAGCUCUACAAUGAAGAGGUGCUGGACUUGUUCGACUCCACGCGGGACCUGGAGAACAGGAGGCAGAAGUCCAACAUCAAAAUCCACGAGGACGCCACGGGGGGCAUCUACACGGUGGGGGUCACCACCCGCACCGUCACCACUGCAGCCGAGAUGAUCCAGUGUCUGAAGCUGGGCGCUCUGUCCCGCACCACCGCCAGCACCCAGAUGAACGUCACGAGCUCGCGCUCCCACGCCAUCUUCACCAUCCACCUGUGCCAAGUCCGAGUCUGCUCCCCCGACAACGACGAUAACGAGACAGAUAACCGGCUGGCUACCGAUUCGGGGAUCGAUGAGUUUGAGACGCUGACGGCCAAGUUCCACUUUGUGGACCUGGCCGGUUCUGAGAGGCUGAAGAGAACCGGAGCGACGGGAGACCGGGCCAAAGAGGGCAUCUCCAUCAACUGUGGGCUGCUGGCCCUGGGAAACGUGAUCAGCGCUCUGGGAGACCGGAGCAAACGCUCCACCCACGUGCCUUACAGGGACUCCAAACUCACCCGACUCUUACAGGACUCCCUCGGAGGAAACAGCCAAACCGUGAUGAUCGCCUGCAUCAGCCCGUCGGACCGGGACUUCAUGGAGACGCUGAACACCCUGAAGUACGCCAACCGCGCCAGAAACAUCAAGAACAAGGUGAUGGUGAACCAGGACAAGGCCAGCCAGCAGAUCAGCGCCCUGCGGACGGAGAUCGCGCGGCUGCAGAUGGAGCUGAUGGAGUACAAGACGGGGAAGCGCUUGGUGGGGGAAGACGGCAUGGAGGGCAUCAACGACCUGGUGCACGAGAACUCCAUGUUGCAGACGGAGAACAACAACCUGAGGGUGAGGGUGAAGGCCAUGCAGGAGACCAUCGACGCCCAGAGGGCCCGACUCACCCAGGUCCUCAGUGACCAGGCCAACCAGGUCCUGGCCCGAGCAGGUGAAGGCAGCGAGGAAAUUGGGAACAUGAUCCAGAACUACAUCAAAGAGAUCGAGGAGCUCAGGGCGAAGCUGCUGGAGAGCGAGGCCGUGAACGAGAGCCUGAGGAAGAGUCUGUCCCGGGCCUCGGCCCGCUCCUCGCUGUACGCCGGCCCGGGCCCCGGGCCCGGCUCCGCCGCCGGCUCCCUGCUCGCCCCCGAGAAGGAGUGCACCGAAGUCAUCGAGAUGGCCAAGAAAGACCUGCAGAAGCUCAAGAAGAUAGAGAAAAAGAAGAAGAAAAGACUGAGGCGAUACGAGGAGAGUCGGGACCGUGAGGCCGAGCCCGCCAGUGUCGUCAGAGAGGAAGUCCCAGACAACGAUCAGGAGAGGGGCAGCGAGGAAGCACCGGGGGAGAGCAGCGAGCACGAGGACGGGGAGGAUGCGGAUGGAGAAGACGAGGACUUUGAAACAGAGGAGAUGUCCGAGUCGGACUCGGAGGAACUGGAUGAGAAAGAAAACGUCCAGGCUGAUCUGGCCAACAUCACCUGUGAGAUCGCCAUCAAGCAGAAGCUGAUCGAUGAGCUGGAGAACAGCCAGCGGCGGCUGCACACGCUCAAGCAGCAGUACGAGCAGAAGCUGAGUAUGCUGCAGACCAAGAUCAGGGACACGCAGCUGGAGAGGGACAAGGUGCUGCACAAUAUGGGCUCGGUGGAGUCCGGCUCGGAGGACAAGGCCAAGCGGAUCAGAGCCGAGUACGAGAAGAAGUUGGGCUCGAUGAACAAAGAGCUGCAGAAGCUGCAGUCGGCGCAGAAGGAGCACGCCCGGCUGCUGAAGAACCAGUCGCAGUACGAGAAGCAGCUCAGGAAGCUGCAGCAGGACGUCGGCGAGAUGAAGAAGACCAAGGUGGGGCUGAUGCGUCAGAUGAAGGAGCAGCAGGAGCGCAGCCGGGCCAACGAGUGCCGCAGGAACCGGGAGAUCGCCUCUCUGAAGAAGGACCAGCGCAGAUCAGAGCACCAGGUGAAGCAGCUGGAGGCCCACAAGAGGCAGCAGGAGCUGAUCCUUCGCAGGAAGAAUGAAGAGGUGACGGCCCUGAGGCGGCAGGUGAGGCCGGCGUCGGGGAAGGUGAUCAGGAAGGUGAGCUUACCUGAACCCUCUCUGGAGCCGUCACACAGAGGGGCCCCUGGGAGGCCGCAGCUAGCGGGUGCAAGCUCCGCAAACGGUGCCAGGAGCUCUCCGGUGCGGAUGGGAGGAGUCUACCUCAACAGGACGGCCAGGACUAAAUGGCAGUCUCUAGAGCGGCGGGUCAUUGACAUCAUCAUGCAGAGGUUGACCAUCUCCAACAUGGAGACGGAUAUGAACCGUCUUCUCAAGCAACGGGAGGAGCUGACCAGGCGGAGGGACCGGGUGUCCAGGAAGAGGGAGAAGAUGGCCGUAGAUGGGGCGGAUGCAGACCGCUCCCUGGCGUCCCUGAACGAGGAGCUGGAGUCUCUGAGCGCCAACAUCGACUAUAUCAACGACAGCAUCGCCGACUGCCAGGCCAACAUCAUGCAGAUGGAGGAGGCCAAGGAGGAAGGCGACACCGUGGAUGUUGGUGCCGUCAUUAGUUCCUGUAACCUAUCGGAGGCCCGUUUCCUCCUGGACCAUUUUGUGACGAUGGCUAUCAACAAGGGCCUGCAGGCGGCCCAGAAGGACUCCCAGCUCAAGGUGAUGGAGGGCAGGCUGAAGCAGACGGAGAUCAACAGCGCCACCCAGAACCAGCUGCUGUUCCAUAUGCUGAAGGAGAAAGCCGAGAUCAACCCGGAGCUGGACGCGCUGCUGGGCAGCGCUCUGCAAGGGACUGAUAACGGAGAUGAGAGCAGCAGCGAUGAGUCCAAUCCCAGUCCAGCCACAGAUGGCAGCUCACUGGCAACAGAUUUGAUGAAGUUGUGUGGUGAACCCAGACCAAGAAGUAAGGCCCGAAGGCGGACCACCACCCAGAUGGAGCUGCUGUAUGCCGGCAGCGGGGAUCCUUCCUGUGAUUCCCCCACUGGAGACUUCCCUGCCCCUCUGCUGCCCCCCACGGGGAUCCUGGAGGUGCCGGCCGACGUCCAGAGUCGACCGGCGGGUCAAACUCCGGACCGUGAGCAAACUCUGUCACCGCUGUCUCCCAGACUAGCAGUCAGGUCCGGGUCCAGGUCGCCUACAGGGGUUGAGAGGAAACCGUUUGAGCGCUCGCCGCUCACCCGCCGGAGGAUUCAAGACAAAGGGCCCACAGCGUCGCACAUCCCAGCGCCCACGCACACACUUCCUGUAGCCGCAGCCGAAACUAGGACGAAAACCAGCGACUACAAAUCACCGGUGGAGGAAUCGCCCAUAUUUGACGGCAACAGGGGUGUGAUCAAUCCCGUGACGGCUCCUAAAAACAUCCGGGGGACCAAACUCCAGUGCGUCCACGUGGCUGAGGGCCACACCAAGCCUGUCCUCUGUGUGGACGCCACGGACGACCUGCUCUUCACGGGCUCCAAAGAUCGAACGUGUAAAGUCUGGAACUUGGUGACGGGUCAGGAGAUCAUGUCCCUCGCAGAUCAUCCCAGCAGUGUGGUCUCAGUCAGAUACACGUCCAGCCUCGUCUUCACGGUUUCCACUUGUUACAUCAAAAUCUGGGACAUACGAGACUCUGCAAAGUGCAUCCGCACACUGAUGUCGUCAGGCCAGGUGGCGUCGGGGGACUCGUGUUUAUCCGUCAGAAGUUUAUCCCUCCCCCCGGGGGAGAGUCAGAUCAACCAGAUCGCCCUCAACCCCUCCGGUACCUUCCUGUACGCGGCUGCUGCCAACGCCGUGCGCAUGUGGGACCUCCGCAAGUUCGUGUCAACGGGAAAGCUGACCGGCCACGCGGGACCCGUCCUGUGUCUAACUGUUGAAAAGUGGGGCCAGGGACAGGACCUGGUGCUCACCGGCUCCAAAGAUCACCAUGUUAAGAUGUUUGAGGUGGCAGAAGGUGCUCAGGGCGGCAUCCCCUCCAGCCACACGUUUAGCCCCGGCCAUCAGGACAGCGUGGAGUCUCUGACCGUCCAUGGAGAUGUUUUCUACAGCAGCUGCAGAGAUUAUUAUGUUAAGAAGUGGGACUUGGCCAGCAGGAAGCUUUUACAGUCGGUCAGUGCCCCGGCAGACUGGGUCAGUGGUCUGGGGGUGGUCCCGGGCUCCCCCAUGCUCCUGGGGGGCUGCAGGGGGGGGCUGCUGCGCCUGUGGCACACACACUCAUUAGCACCCCUGGGUGAAGUCCACGGCCAUGACAGCCCCAUCAACAGUCUGGCCACCAACAGCACCCAACUUUUCACCGCCUCUGAUGACCGCACGGUGAAGAUUUGGGAAGCCAAAGGAUCUCUGGAGGAAGUGACUCACUGAUCUCUGACGUUCACAUGAAUCCAACGAUUGUCCACUGACCAUAACUCGGUCAACAUGAGUUAUUUCACAGGUUAUAACAUCAACUAUGCAAUAAUGAAGUGUUGGCUGGAGAAUCCAGACUCUGCAUGUUGGUGAUGGGUGUCGGCCCAGAAUGACCUUGAAACAGCGCUGAUCCUUCAGCGGGGCCCAGCUGGGAUCUGUGUCAGGAAUACCAAAAGUCAAUAUGGUCAUCGUUUCCCGGUGACAGCAGUUAUCGAUGCUUCGGGUCAACGUGGAUCACCGUAAACUCAGAAGUGUCAGUCAGAGCUCCAGCGAUGACGGGCCCGGUGGAGCGGGGAAACACUUUCAUACAUGAAAACAUUUAUGCGUGAUUCCGGGGUGUCUCCUUUGCCUUCAACCCCUCCUCCUUAUUUCAGCACGAGAAAACUAGGAUAGAUUUAUGCAUAUCGGAAAAUGUUCCCGCAGCAGUUGACAGAACAGAAAAUCCAGGCAUGGAUGAUCUAUGUAGCUCUCUCGCUUAAGCUGCUCGUCUUCAAAACCAGGGCUGUUGAAAGUGCGUCUCCUCCGACCUCGGCAAUAACUGUGAGUCUGUCCCGUGUGUUUACAUGACGGUACGUCCGGUCCGCCUGGAUGUGUUGUACACAGGUUUGUGUGUGUGAUGUCAUCGUCAAGGACCAAACAACUACUGAAACACUGUUAAGCUGUUACUGCCCUAGACUUGAAUUUCACCUCUUAUGCUGCUCCUCGCCACAGUGUUCAGUUAAUCACUCACAUUGUCAUGUUUCCAUGUAUCACAUAUUUGAUAUUACUUUACAGACUUGAAGCUGUAACGGUUGAAAGGACAGUCAGCUAUAUGUCACGCAAAAUGCUUUAGCUAAUAUCCUGAUGCCUGUUGCCAUAGCAACCCAACAGUGUACUAUGUAA